AUGAGUGAUGAGCAAUGUCCCAUGGAGCAAUGUUUAUCACCGUCGCAGACGCCUCCUGCUUCUCCAGACGAACGGGCAAGACCUUCCAAGUCUAAAACCCCCAAAUCUAAUGGCCGGAGAAGAGCAACAAUGGCCUGCCGCGGCUGUAGAUCGAGGAAAGUGAGGUGCGAUGUGGCAGAGCAUGGCAUUCCUUGUUGCAAUUGCAAACUUGACAAGAAAGAGUGUGUGGUUCCCGAGCGUCGAAAGAAGCGCUACGACGUCAAUCCUCUUUAUCAUCCACUUACGCCGAUUGAUUCUAUUUCUGGCGACUGGCUGCCCUCGUUAGAACGCCUCGGAGCAAACCAUCCUUUGCAAUUUAUUCGGAAUCAGUACCUAAAUUCACAGUCUCAAAUCGAUGGCCAGACUCAACUUUCGGCGACCAGGAAUGCGGGUCAUAAUGGAGACUGUUAUCCGGGAUCAUUCCCAGCGCAAAAGCCGAGCUUUCCAACGCCCGAAGAUCCAGAGCUUUCACGAUGGUUAAAUAUGAUGCCCCCUCACAUUGUUGAAAAGUUCCGGCUAUACUUCCAAAAUGCGGAGGAGGGCGGAAGAGGCAAGGAACGAAGUACCUGGGAACCGGAGCCCACAACGUUGAGUAGAGUUCAACAGGCAAUGGACAUCUUGCAGGAUGUAAUGAACACUUCCAAAUCUACACAUUCGGGCGAGGAAUUACUUUCUCCGCCGCCAGACAGUAUGUUUAAGCCGAGAACGGGUAGUGAGAUGGACGAUAAUUUGUCACUUGGUACCCCGGGUUUCAAAAUUGCUACUUCGUAUCCUCCUUCGGAUAUUUCAACUACGGAGAAUGACAAUGAUGACUGGAAUGACGAACUGAUGGCAGAACUGUUCUGCACGCAUAUGGGCCAGGAGCCUGUCUCGGGAGUUGCGAGUUUAGAAGGAUAUGUAAAUAAUGAAUAA